AUGGACACUCCCCAAUCAUUCCCCGUGCGGCCGAUUGAUAAGUAUGGCCCCGAACUUGUCGAGAAGGCCGACCAGUUACAGAGCCGUGUGACAAUGAAGGAAGAUGCAAAGCCCGCCGGAGGGUUUGAUGCCACCCCUAUUCCUCGUGCCCCACCAGGCUAUACUCUCAAGAUCACCUUCCAUCGGGGCGAUGACCUGCCCGUCGCCGACUUUGGCAGCUUCUCAUCGGACCCAUAUGUCCGCGCACAGCUCUUGGUGGAUUUGCCCCGGCGUCACAAGCAGGAUCCUGUGACGAGUUUCCGCACUCCCACCGUGCAUAAGGACAUGAAUCCGGUGUGGAAUUCCGAGUGGGUCGUGGCCAACGUGCCGGCUUCCGGAUUCCUCCUGAAAGCCUACGUCUACGACGAGGACCCGGCCGACCACGAUGACAAGCUGGGGAUUGCUUUUAUUUCAGCAAAAUCCUUGUCUGAUCAAUGGCCGGGCAUCAAGGAACAAUCGUUCAAAGUCAAGAAACGAUUCGGCAGCAAGCGAGUCUAUCUCUUCACCAAUGUCUCGGCGUUUGCGACAGGGCACCAUCAGGAGUCCUUUUUGGUGGUCAGUAUCGAGUGUCUGGGGAGAACUCCCGGUGACCAAGGGGGCCAAAUGUAUACCAUUGGCCCCAACCAUUGGUUCAAGCAUACCUCUCCUUUGAUCGGGCGAUUGGCAGGGACCAAAGAUCAUGUCCAAAGUCAAGAUGGCAGCGGUAAGGCUAUCAGCCGCUAUAAUUUUCAAGCAAUUCAAAUACAGCUCACAGGCCCUGUGCCAUCGGACCUUUAUCAUCGCUAUGUUGAGUUCAGGCCCUUUGUGGCCGGAAUGUUUCAAGCGCAGAGUUUAAGAGGGCGCAUCUUGCAUAAGGCCCUACACCAUCAACAUCAGCGGGUCUACAACUUCGACCGGACCACCGUUUCUGGGGUUUUCACUACGCCAUGCCCAGAGUUUGCCCAGAAGUUCCUGGAGUUUGUACACUAUGGCCAGGGCGGACGAAUUUUCACUUACGUUCUUACGCUGGAUGGACAGCUGCGGUUCACGGAAACCGGCAAGGAAUUUGGGAUUGAUCUCCUAAGCAAGCACACAAUGCACAGCGAUGUAUCGAUCUAUAUUGCAUAUUCGGGCGAGUUCUUCGUCCGGCGACGCAAGCAUCGUCAUCGCCAGCAUUCCCCGGAAUCGCAUCAAGAAGGAUUUCCUGUGGAAGAAGGGGAAGGACCGGAGGAGGUCACCGAGAUCUCGACGGAGCCAUCCGACUACGAACUCUUUAUUGACAACGAUAGUGGGACAUACCGCCCCAACGCGGAAAAGCUGCCGCUGCUGAAGGAGUUUAUUUCCUCCAAUUUCCCGGGCCUUCAUGUGACUACCCUGGAUUGUCAACAUGACGCAGAGCGGAUGGGUCAGAUGAAGGAGGAACAACGGGAAUUCAAGAAAUCCCAUGGCCACUUGAUCACUUUCCUGCAGCAGAGUAGCGUGUCAUCCCUGUCCAUCUCGAGUUCGGAAGAGGAGGAACUCAACGCACGCAGCGGCGAGCCCAGCCGGCAGCGAGGCGACCUGGCGCGACGAGUCCACGAGAUGCGCGAUGUCCGAAGCCAAGUGAUGAAAUGGGUGGAAGCGGAUGGGCAUGCGGACCGGUCCAAGCACCGAUAUUACUCGGGGCGCGAAAGGGCUCCGUCGACAGGCGAAGUACGCUCAGGAGGACAGGAGCCUGGGAUGUCUCAAGCGGCUACUUCGCAUCCUCGGGAGUCUUUGAACCCGACUUGA